AUGAGGGAUGAUACCCCCAAUAUCAUUGCUUCGGCCGCCAUAACACUUCCUCUUGCGACCUUGGCUCUUAUUGCUCGACUUAUUGCGAGGAAGAUCACGAAAGCUGGAUAUGGCAUUGAUGAUGCUUUGGCUGUUGCUGGCUGGUUGGGCUCGUUGGCCUUGUUGACGAAUGGGAUGAUAUGGAUCAAGGAUGGUUUGGGAAAGCCAAUGGAGGUUGGACUUACAGACGACUUCACGUUUCACGAUAAGAACCGACUGGCGUGGAUACAUAUGUGGACGACGAGCUUCACUUACACCUUUGCCAUCGCCUUCUCGAAAUUCGCCAUCCUCGCUUUUUACUGGCGUCUCUUUCAAUUCUCCGAUAUUCGAAUCCCCAUUCAAGUCCUUUCAUGCAUCACAGUGGCGUGGUUUCUACUGCGACUCUUCAUGGUGUGUUUGCAAUGUCUACCACUAACAGCCUUGUGGGAUGGAGACCAAGCAACGAGGGACGCAAAAUGCCAUAUCCGCGAAUCGACCUUCUUCUUCUCGACAGUUUUGACGCACGUCUUGAUCGAUUGCGCGAUUCUUAUUCUGCCCGCUAUUGAAGUUGGGAAACUUCAUUUACCCAAGGGUCAGAAGGUUGCUGUCAUUGCGCUGUUUGCGUUUGGUGCAAUGACCUGUUUGGCCUCCAUUUUCGUCCUCAUUGAGUCAUUCAAGUUCAAGUCGGAUUCGAAGGAGAUGACGCUGCAAAUGGGACAGCAUUACGCUUGGUCAAUCGCUGAGUGCAACUUUGCCGUAAUCGCUGCUUGUCUCCCAAUGCUUCGGCCAGUCGCCCGCAAAAUCCUCCCAGGCUCAUUCCUCACCUCCAACAGCGGCGGCCAAUCAACGCAAAUAAGCGCCCCUUUCAGCGCACCAUUCAGCAACGGCAUCCGCCUCACCAGCGUCUCCAAGACGCGAUCCGGCGGAAGCUCAACACACGAACUAUCCAAUAAUCCACCAGAUCUAUACGACAUAGGCGAAUGGCCACAUGGUACACAGACCACGAUAUCAAGCCCUUUUAGAAAAUAUACAUCUGCAAAGGACUAUGAGAGCAGCGAGAUGGGGAUCCGCGGUGAUGAAGAGACGGCUGUUUCUGUACAACGGCGUGACGAUAGUGUAUGA